AGUGUGGGGCGGGCCAGCAAUCCUGGAAACGGAAUUUCCCUUCCCUCCUCUUUCCCCUCGACGACCCUGGGUUUUUUUCCUAUCUCCAAAAAUCCACCUCUGCAAGUGAGAGGAACAGGGCUGCUCAGGACGUUGGACUAGGAUGUAUCCUGGUCCAAGACUGAGGUGCUCAGUGCCCUGGAGGAAAUGAAGACAGGAACCAGUCCCCCACAAGAUCUCCGUGGUGCUGUUUAACAGGAACACUGCCCCUAUGGCCUCAGCGAAGCCCCUGGCAAUGAUGUGGGAGGAGGUAACAUGCUCUGUCUGCCUGGAUCCCUUCGUGGAGCCUGUGAUCAUUGAAUGUGGCCACAGUUUCUGCCAAGGAUGCAUCUCUGAGGUCGGGAAAGAUGGCGGCAGUAGUUGCCCUGUGUGCCGGCAGAAAUUCCUGCUCAGGAACAUCCGGCCCAAUCGGCACCUGGCCAACAUGGUGGACAAUCUUAGACAAAUGGACCAGAGCACCAAGGAGGACAUGAAGGGGGAUCAGUGUACGGUGCAUGGAGAGAAACUUCAAGUGUUCUGUGAGAAAGAUGGAAAAGCACUUUGCUGGGUGUGUGCCCAGUCACGGAAACACCGUGACCACUCCAGGAUCCCUAUUGAGGAAGCUGCACAUGAGUACCAGGAGAAGUUCCAGGUGGCAUUACAGAAGCUGAGAAGAGAGCAGGAGUUAGCUGAGAAGUUGGAAGUCGAUACUGCUGAGAAGAGAGCAGCCUGGAAGGCAAGGGUUGAGAUACAAAAAUCAAGGAUUCACGCAGAGUUUGUGCAGCAGAGAAACUUCCUGGCUAAAGAAGAAGAGAGGCAGCUGCAGAAACUUGAGAAGGAUGAGAGAGAUCAGCUCAGAAUCCUGGGGGAGACUGAGGCCCAUCUGGCCCAGAAAAGCCAGGCCCUGCAGGAGCUGAUCUCAGAGCUGGAGAGGAGGAGUCGGGGCCCAGUACUGGAACUGCUUCAGGACGCUAAAAGUAUCCUGGAAAGGAGUGAGGCCUGGAACCUGAAGGAGCUAGGCGUUGCCUCCCCAGACCUGAGGAAUGAGUGCUGUGUUCCAGGGCUGAAGAAUAUGCGGAAGACACACGGAGUACACGUCACUCUGGAUCCAGACACAGCCAAUCCGUGGCUCAUCCUUUCUAAGGGUCGGAGACAAGUGAGGCUUGGAUACACCUGCCAGGACUUGCCUGAAAAUGAAGAGAGAUUUGAUAGUUAUCCCAUGGUCCUCGGUGCCCAGCACUUCGACUCUGGAAAGCUUUACUGGGAGGUAGACGUGACCGGAAAGGAAGCCUGGGACCUGGGGGUUUGUAGACACUCUGUCAAGAGGAAGGGACAAUUUACGCUCAGCCCUGAGAAUGGCUUCUGGACAAUUUGGUUGUGGAACAAACAAAAAUAUGAGGCUGGCACUUCCCCCCAGACUUCCCUCGACCUUAAGGUGCCUCCUCGCCAAGUUGGGAUCUUCCUGGACUAUGAGAACCACACUGUCUCCUUCUACAACAUCACUGACCAUGGCUCCCUUAUCUACACUUUCUCUGAAUGUGCCUUUGUUGGGCCUCUGCGGCCCUUCUUCAAUACUGGUUUCAGUGACGGAGGAAGAAACACGGCCCCUCUGACCCUGUGUCCACUGAAGCUGGGAUAUUAGGGGUCCACUGACCAUUGGUCUCUUCUGGAUAGUGCUACCUGCUCCCUGUUGAUAUCCUUCCCAGUUACUGCCCCUGCCUCUUUCCAUUAACUGAGCCACCUCUGCCUCUGCAGAAGUGUCAGCAUCCCAGCAAGCAGGCCUUGACAGGGAAGUCACUGAAAGUCAAGGCCCAGUGGCUUUCAACAGCAAUAUUCCUGCCCUAGAUUGCAUAUGAUUCCCUCCAAGGAAGCAAACUACUUCUAUUUGGUCCAGAUUCAUCUGGAUCAACCAAAAACAUGUUUCCCCCUUGUUUAUGUGACUUAAAUUUUGUUUUCUUCUCUUCAUCCCUACAGCCAUUGCCUUUGGUCAGAUCUCUGUUCUAUCUUUCUAGGUUUACCAAGAGGCUUCCUGAGGGAAUUAUGCCUCAGUCUAUCCCAUUCAGAGCUCAUUUCUCGUCUACAUCUAGAAUUCUCUUUCCAGCAGACACGCACCUGAUCAUAAGUGGCUCCACAUUGCCUAUAGAAAAAUAGCCAUGUUUUUAAAUUAAGGCUAAAUUAUGCAAGCCUUAGAUUGCCAUGGUAAAUAUGCAGCCUGUUAUGCACCAAACCUCCGCCCACCCCCGCCACACACACGGACACCUUAAACCUCAAACAUGAAAUAUUUGCUACUGUGAACAUGUUUAAUAUUGAUGUGUCUUUGACAUUGUACACAGUGUUUUUCCUGCCUGGAUCAUUCUCCCUUCUUCUACACUUGGAAUAUUUGGUCUUGGAUUGUGAGACCCAGGUCAAGAGUCCCUUUUGUUACUCCCUGUAUUAGUUACAUAUUGCUGCUGUUACAGAAAUACCAUAAGUAAAUGGCUUUAAAGAAUAGGAAUUUAUUUUCUCAUAAUUCUGCAGGCUAAAAGCUCAAAUCAAGGUCUCGGCCAUAUUGAUUUCUUGUCAAUACCCCUGGACAUUCCUUGGUUCCUUGGCGUUCCUUGGCUUGUGAACAAUCCUCACACGGUGUCUGUCUUUCCCCGUGUGCGUGUUUUUUUCUCAGAAGUGAUUAAAUUUAGAACCCACUCUACUUGGGUAUGACCUAAUUAACAAUGAAGAAAACCCCAUUUCCAAGCAUGAUCACACCCACAGGUACAAGGGCCAGGAUUUAACACUUUCAAAUAUUUCUAAAGAUUUACCUCCUAGUAAAUCUUUCGCAGGAGGGUAUUUGAAGAUAAGCACCACCAAAAUGAGGGAAGAAGCCAAAAAUAGAGAAACAUGGGCUGCAACUAAGAAACUGAUACAAAGAGAUACAAUACAGGAGAGGGUGUAGGCUGCGACCAAAAAAGAACCAAACCCAGUGCCAUCAAGUCGAUUCCGAAAAAAGAACCAAACCCAGUGCCAUCAAGUCGAUUCCGACUCAUAGCGACCCUAUAGGACAGAGUAAAAUUGCCCCCCGUAGGGUUUCCAAGGAGCGCCGGGCAGGUUUGAACUGGCAACUCUUUGGUUAGCAGCCAUAGCACUUAACCACUACACAACCAGGGUUUCCGUAGGCUGCAAGGGGGCGAGGAAAUUCCUUGAUUAAUGGUGAGCAGUGUCAGCUGUGGAGAGUCCUGGAGCACCAUGAGUCUAGAUUGAAUCAAGGGGAUAGGGGGGCGCCGGAAGGAAAUUCUAAUACGAAGAAAAGACAGAAGCUUGUUUGAAACAUAAUCCUCAUUUCCGGUGGAAAGUUAAGGUAUAUAAAAACCAAGCAAACAAACAAAAAAAAUAGACAAUUAUUAACUCUAAGGAGGAAAAAAAAACUUAUACAAGAACUGUAUUCACUGUGUACUUCACUUAUUAAUUACAUUACUUAAUGAUAAUGUAAACAUAAACAUGCAUCUUAAAAAUCAUAUUAAUAACAGCAGGAAAAGUUUAUGUGUCUGAAUGUGUAUGAGGGGGUACGUGUAGGAAACCUAAAUGAUCAGCUUCCAUAUUAAAAAAAAAAAUCAGUAGAUAGCAUAUAAAAAUGACUUAAAAAUUUUUGAUCAAGGAAUAACAGCAUGACCACCCUGACAGGGAACACAUAAGAGAGCCCCUGAUGGAGCAGGAGAAAAAUGGAGUGCAGAAUUCAAAUUGCGGUAAAAAGACCAGACUUACGGUCUGACUGAGACUGGAGGGACCCAGGAGGACAUGGCCCCUGGACUCUCUGUUAGCCCAAAACUAAAACCAUUUCCAAAGCCAGCUCUUGAGACAAAGAUUAGACUGGACUAUAAGACAUAAAAUGAUACUGGUGAAGAAUGUGUUUCUUAGCUCAAGUAGAUGCAUAAGACUAAAAGGGCAGCUCCUGUCUGCAGGCGAGAUGAGAAGGCAGAGGGGUACAGGAGCCGGUUGAAUGGACACCGGAAAUGCAGGGUAGAAAGGAGAAGUGUGCUGUCACAUUACAGGGAGAACAACCAGGAUCAUAUAACAAUGUGUGUAUCAAUUUUUGUAUGAGAAACUAACUUGAGCUGUAAACUUUCGCUGAAACCGCAAUGAAAAAAUUAAAAAGAAAUAACAAUAUAAGCAUGCUGUUUUUAUGGAGGUAGAUACUAAAGAAACAGCUAUAGGUGGAAACCGUAGUGGUUAAGUGCUACGGCUCCUAACCAAGAGUUCGGCAGUUCGAAUCCACCAGGCGCUCCUUGGAAACUCUAUGGGGCAGUUCUACUCUGUCCUAUACGGUCGCUAUGAGUCGGAAUCGACUCGACGGCAGUGGGUUUUAAGUGUUAAAGUAAUUGCUUCUGAGGAGAAGGAAUCAGAGGUAAGGUAGGAAAGGGAACUUCUAUUUUUUAUUUUAAGCCUUCUAGGACUUUUAGAGUGUUAAAUUAUUAGUAUUUGCGGAAAUUAAACUAAAACCAAUGAUCAUAAUAAAGUGCCUACCUCUUCACCAAUAACAAAUUUUUAGCUCAAAAAUAUACAUUCCCUCACUUCACUGUCUCAUUCUCGCUCCUCUCUCUCGUUUUGAUUUCUGGAGCUAAAACUCCUCUUCGAGCAUCAGAUUAUCCCCUUAGGGCUCCUUUGAGAAGCUGGGGUGGCUCAAAUGAACCUACUCUUUCCUGAGAGGAGAGUCUAGGAAGCUGGCAUUGGAAGAGGCAUAGACAGUCUAUUGGAGAUAUUUCCUGCAAUGGACAAUUGCAACAUGGCCACACUAAUGCUGUAUGAAAAUGAACUUCCUCAAGGAAUAGAAUUCUCCUAGAGAAAAUGGAAAAGUGGUGGCACCAAAAAAGGACAAGGGUACAGUGUAUGCCCCAUAGAUUUGAUGAUGAAAAAGCAAGUGAAGAAGACUAGAAGGAAGAAGCCAGAGGUCAAACAUGAUCAGAAAUGGGUGGCGAACAGCCUUCAAAAGCUGAUGGAGAUUUGAGAAAAGGAACAGCCAAGAGAAUGUGUUUUGGUUGGAGCUCUAGAGGAAAGCUGGGGAGUUGGGGAAUUGUCUUUGAAAAUAUCUGCUAGGCAAGUUCCCAUUUAUCCUAAAAGCCCUUACCCCGUGCUUCCUUCCCAUAGAAGUUUUCUUGAACCUGCCCAGACAUCCUCCUGCCUUGUGCUCCUGAGCAAUCUCCCUCUCCCUCUCCCCUGGAACUCCUCAGACUCUGCCAAGCAUAUCAGUGCUUUGCUUGCAUGAUCCAUCUCCCCUAAGUCAUACUUUUUAACUACUACAGAACAUGUCUUAUUGAUCAGGAGCUACCUUUUUAUCUAUUAAGCAUCUCUAACAAUCUUUGACUUUCUUGAUGGAUUGGGUACAUCCUUUCACCAGUGCAUACCUACAACAUAACGCAGAUGGAACGGCAAACAGCAGAGUGUGAGGGGAGAAAGACCAGGUGAGAGAGCAAAUAAGAUUAAUGGCCAAAGCAAAACUUCCCUUUAAGGAGACAGGGCCCAAAUCCAAAUGAGACUCCAAUAGCCGUCUCAGAACUUGCCAUAUAUUUCUGCCCUGUCAGCCCAAAUUUUGGUCAUUGGUGUUCUCUACAAUCUCUUCACAAGGUUCCAAACAAAAGUCCUGAUAUUCGCAUCACCAUACACCUGUGAAGAGUUCUAAUAUCUAGCUCUACUCACCCCUGUUCCUACAAUCUCACCUCACAUAGGACAAAAUCAGUCAUCAGCCUCAGACCAAGUCUUCUGAGACAGAAAUGGAAUCAGUGGAUUAGAGAAAACUUAGAAGAAGAUUGAACUACAGAGCUAAUUAUCUUUGAGAAUUCUCAGGAUGCAGCUUUUAGUCCAGGAACCAGUGCUCUUGGGUUUAACUCUACCAAAUUGCCCACAGCUCCACAUGGCUGAAGUCGUCAUGGCUACUUCCAUCACCUUUUUCUGUUGACACCUGGACCUCUGGGACCUGUCCAGCUAUUUUGUCUCUAUCCUCAAAUUGUGUGUGUACUUAUUUGUGGUUUUCUAUACCCAGAGGCUCUUAAUUCCAACCUAGUGGGUUUUUUCCCCCUGAGAAAUUUCCUGUGCCUCUUUCAAGAAGUGUUACACCCACCUUAGCCAAAACUCUCUACUACUUACAAUCAAUGUGUGCAAUUUAACAGGUAUUUUUCUUAGCAAAUCUUUCUUCAUAACUAAGACAAACUUUCAAGUUCAAUUUACCCAGCUGCUGUGAUAGAAUUUAUAUUUUAGAGCAUAAGAUAGUGACUUUUAAUUAAAGGUGUAUGUAUGACAUGCAGGACUAUUUGCAGUAGCAUAUGAAUCAUAAUUGCUGUGAAAAAUGCUUGUUACUUUGACUAGAACUGCAACAGGCCAUUUAAUGUUCAGUGUAAAAUAUAUCAUGACUGAGAUUGAUAGAUUUACAUUCAACUUUCUUUCUUUGUUUUUAUCCUCCUUAUAGAUUACAUAUUUCUGAUUAUAGAAGUAGUAUAUAAAAAAUGAAAAAUAUCAGGUAAUUCAGAGUGGCAUAUAAAACCAACUGAAAAUCUCAUCUCUUACUGAUAACCGUUACAUCUGUUUUACUAACACAACCCUUCAUAAUGCAUGUCAUUCUGGAACUAUUAGCACAUUCGUGAUGAAUAUGUUGCCAUGAAACUGGGCUCCCUAGUAUGAAAGGAAAUUAUGGAUUAGGAAAUAGUAGAGGCCAAGUGGCAGCCCUUAGCUAUCCUAAGUAAAGCAGGCAGAAUGAGCAGCAAUGCCUCAGAGGCAAUUGGGAUGCCUUGGCCUAUAGAGACUUGUGACAAUGAGUCUGAUGAGGAAGGCUGGUGAACAGAUCAUAUUAUUUCCAGAAAGGAGAUAAAUGCAACUGAAUAGGUUGUUCCUUGACUUGCAUAGUGAAAAAAAGAAAAUUCAAGAGGUGAAAUACGAAGUCUGACACAGCAUGGAAAUGGCAAAUUAUAGCCCUGUUGCCAAUGUCCACAUCCUAGUCAGUUCACAAGACUCAGAGUUAACUUCAAGAAGGAAUCUUCUUGCCAGCACAGAUAAAAGCAGGAAAUAAUCUCCCUGGUCCUUUCCAAAAGGUACCUGAGGGCAUUUAAUGAGUUAAUUGAGAAUGGAGGAAAGCAAAAUAUCAGAAUUUUUAAGGAGUAUUAGAUAUAGGAUCUGAGCUGUCACUAAUGACAAGGGACCAAAAAUGUGAUCAUCUGGGGCCAAGUAGGGAGCCUGGAAUUCUGUUUCCACCUGGUGAUAACAAGGGUUCACCCCAUUCCUAUGCCAGCAUGGAAUCAUGCUAAAGUAAGACAUUUAAAUAGAUCCAGAGUCUAAUAACAUCACAGAAAUCUCAGCAGGACUUUUGGUCCUAGGCUAAGGAAGCUCCUCUCUCUCUGUUCUGAGAGUUAAUGAGCCCAAAAGCCGUUCGAUUAGUUCUCUUCUUAUUCCUUCUCUGCUGGAGGAUAGAGGACGGAGUGUGUUCACAGGUGAACAAAGAUAUUUUUUGACCCAAAGAGAGAUGCUCUGAUGAGGAAGGCUGGUGAAUCCUUGUGUUCCAUUUGUGUCAUGUACUGAGGCUGUGACUCUUCUGGAGGAAGACAUUUGGCAAUGGCCCAAGGUUCCCUCCUAAGGUUUCAACACUGCAUAGGGGGAGGGAAAGGAGUAAUGCAAGGGAGAGGGGAACAGAGACCUGAGUGUCUAGAAUAUCUGCUUCUAUGCUAAGCCUCUCCCAGGUAUGCCAUUUUGGCUUAGGGUGGGUCUCCAUAAGGCAGACUUGAGGCCAUUGUAGGAAUCGACUCAACAGCAAUGGGUUUUUUUGGGUUUUUAAGAGAAAUUGGGAGGAAAAACUAGCUUCCGCAGAAAUUGCCCCCAUGCUUCUAUUUCCCCUCUGUGUGAGAACUCCCUGAAGAAAAUAUUUCUCUCCCUGGCUCCUUCCUCUUCCAAAGUAAGUCCUCUGUCUGAGAGACUGAUGACUUCGCUCUCUUCCUCAUCCCUGAAGAAUCAGAUUCAGACUGAGAGAUGAAGGUUCCGGAGACAGAUUAAUCAAAUAAGAAGCAUCCUGGACAGUGAGGAGUAGAUGGCUCUGCAAAAGCUGCAGAAAAAGAAGAAAAUGUUAUAGAUAACCUGGUAAAGGGUAAGAAUGAGCUGGUCCAGCACAGCCAGUCAUUGAGAGAACUCAUCUCAGAUUUGGAUUCAGGGGUCAACAAUGGAGCGACUGCAGGUGAGUCUUGGGAAAGAGCCUUCACAUAAGAGAUUCAGGAAAAAGGAAGACUUCCUUUAGUGGCAUUCCCUUCUGUGUUCCUGGCCUUCAUUCUGGUGGUGACACUAAGAAGUUCCGAUGGACCUACAGUACCCUUCCCUACAAUCUAUUUCAGAAGUUGGGAUAAAUUAAAUGCAUGAAUAAGGGAAAGUCCCACUAUCAUUCAUUUGUACGGGAGUGGAUUAUCCUGUCUUGAGUCAAUCUCUUGUGAGAUAUAACAGAGACAAAUGAGCAGAGAGACUGGGGAACCUCAUACCACCAAGAAAGUAGCACCUGGAGCAGAGCAUAUCCUUUGGACCUAGGGUUCCUGUGCUAAGAAGCUCCUAAAUCAGGGGAAGAUUGAUGACAAGGACCUUCCUCCAGAAUUGACAGAGAGAGAAAGCCUCCUCUAUAGCUGGUGCCCUGAAUUUGGACUUCUAGCCUCCUAAACUGUGAGAGAAUAAAUUUCUCUUUGUUAAAGUAAUCCGCUUGUGGUAUUUCUGUUAUAGCAGCACUAGAUAACUAAGACAUCUAGCUUAUCUUCUGGUGUUGUGUAUUGUUAAUUAUGGUUUGUAUCCUGUUUAUGACAUGUAUUAGGGCCCCUCGUGUUGACCCUUUAUACUUUUGGGUUUUGUAUUUAGGUCUUUGAUCCAUUUUGAAUUAGUUUUUGUGUAUGGUGUGAGGUAUAGGUCCUGUUUCAAUGUUUUUACAGAUGGACAUCCAGUUUUGCUAGCACCAUUUGUUAAAAUGACUGUCUUCUCCCCAUUUAAUGGACUUUGGGCCUUUGUCGAAGAUCAGGUGACCAGGUUCUUGAUUCUGUUCCAUUGGUCAAUGUGUCUGUCAUUGCACCAGUACGAAGCUGUUUUGACUACCGUAGCUGUAUAGCAUGUUCUGAAGUCAGGUAGUGCGAGACUCCCACUUUGUUCUUCAGUAACACUUUACUUAUCUGGGGACUCUUCCCUUUCCAUAUAAAGUUAAUGGUUAAUUUUUCUAUCUCAUUAAAGAAUGCUAUUGGUAUUUGGAUCUACUCCUGAGGUUCACCUCUCAGCCAAAGAUUAGACAGGUCUAUAGGAGCCCUGGUGACAUGGUGGUUAAGCAUUUGGCUGCUAACCAAAAGGUCGACAGUUCAAAUCAACCAGCUGCUCCUUGGAAAACCUAUGAGGCAGUUCUACUCUGUCCUGUAGGGUCACUAGGAGUCAGAAUCGACUCAGUGGUAAUGGGUUUGGCUUGGUUUUUUAUCGGGCUACCAAUAGCACAUGUGAGGAACGUGCUUCAUAGUUCAAUCAUGUAUACGAGACUAAUGGGCACACCAUCCCAAAAGGAAAGACAAGAAAACAGGAAGGGACAGGAAAACUGGAUGAAUGGAAAUAGGGAACCCAAGGUGGAGAAGGGGAGAGUGUCAUUACGUCACACGGUAGGCAACCAAUGUCAGCAUACAAUUUGUGUAUUAACUGUCUAAUGAGAAACUAAUUUGUUCUGUAAACUUUCACCUAAAGCACAAUAAAAAAAUAAUAAUGAAUAUAUAUAUUUCUCAUGCCUAUUUGCAGUCAUGCCCCACUCCUUCUCCUCAACCCCAGUUAACCACUGAUUGCCUUUCAGUCUCUAUUGAUUUGCCUUUUCUCAAUAUUUCAUGUUAAUGGAAUAAUAUAAUACAUAGCAUUUUGCCUCUGGGUUCUUUUUCUUUGCCUAAUGCUUCUGACGUUCAUCCAGGUUAUCGUGCAUGAAGAGUUUGGUCCUUUUUGGUGCUGAAUAGUAUUCCGCUCCAUUUUGUUUAUUCAUUUAGUUGAUGGACAUUUUGAUAGUUUGCCAUUCUUUUUUAUUAUGAAUACAGCUGCUAUGAGUAUUCCAGUAUAUGCCUUUGUUAGGCAUGUGUUUUCAUUUCUCUUCAGUAGAAUCCUGUGAAUGGGCUUGCUAGAUUGUAUGGUAAAUUUCUGUUUAACUUUUUGAAGAACUACCAAACUGUUUUUUAAUGUGGCUGCAUACCAUUUUACACUCUCACCAGCAAAGCAUGAGGGUUCAGGUUCUUCCAAGUACUCACUAACAUUUACUAUCGUCUUAUUGUUGAAAUCUAAGUGUGUAUAAAUUCUGAAUAUAAAUAAGUUCUUUAUGAGAUACAUGAUUUGCAAAUAUUUUUCCUCAAUCUCUGACUUUUCUUUUGAAGUACAAAUUUUUUCCAACAGUUAUUAACUGAAUACUAUAUGAAUAUAAUACUAUUUUUUUAUAUGCGAUGCAUUGACAUUACAUCAAUCAAUAAAUAAGAUAGAAAUCCCUGCACUCAUGGAAUAUAAGCAUUCUUUUUCAUUUUCUUUCCUAAUGUCGAUUGUCAUAUAGGAGAUUGACUUUGUGUUCUUUUGCCUUACAGUUCUAUGAAUACAAACACAUGUAGAUUUGUUUAACCACCAUCAUAUUCAGAAUAAAGAAGUACAAGUUAUUUAUUUUAACAAAGUCCAGUUUUUCAUUUUUUCGUUUAUGAACUAGAUUUUUCCCCAUCUACAAACUCUUGGCCCACUCAGGGUUGUAAAGACUUUUUCCUUAUGGUUUCUUCUAGAAAUUGUACUGCUUUAGCUCGUACAUUUAUGUCUAUGAUCCAUUUGUAUUAAGUUUUGUGUGUAUUUGACAUAAAAGCUUAAGUUUGUUUCUGUUUUUUUGUUUGUUUGUUGCAUGUGCAUUUCCAAUUAUUCCAGCAAUAUGUUUUUGAGAAGACUAUCCUUUUCCCCACUGAAUUGUUUUGGCGCCUUAUCAAAAAUCAAUUCACCUUCAGUGUAAGAGUUUACUUCUGGACUGUCAAUUCUGUUCCAUUGAUCUCUGUGAAUUCCAAUUCACCAAAACUAUACUGUGUGUGCCCAUAGAGAGUUUUGAAAUUGCUAAUGUAAGUCCUCCAGUAUUGUUCUUUUUCAAAAAUUUUGUCUAUAUCUUUUGCAUUUUCAUGUAAAUUUUAUGAUUGCUUAUCAAUUUCUGGAAAUUGAAUUUGAUAGAGAUUGAAUUUAAUUUAUAGAUCAAUUUGGGGAGAAUUAACAUCCCAACAAUGUUCAGACCUCCAGUCCACAAACAUGGAAUAUCACUCCAUUUGUUUAGAUCUUCUUUAAAUUCUCUCAGCAACGUUUUGAUGUGUUCAGUAUACAAGUCUUGCACUGAUUUCAUUAAAUUAAUUCCUAAGUAUUUGAUUUUUCUCAAACUAUCACUAAUGAAAUAGUUUUUUUAAUUUCAUUUUUUAAUUUUUCAUUGCUAAUGUACAGAAACACUUUAUUUUUUAUACUGAUCUUGUAUUCUGUGACCAUGUUAAUUAAUUUUUAGUUUUAAUACUUUUAAUGUAUUCUUGGGGUUGUCUACAUAUUAUAUUCUACAUAUUAGCUCAUGUUAAUUAAGAAUAGAGACUUAUUUAUAGUCGCCUUUCCAACCUGGGUGACUGUGAUCUGGCAGUUGGCAGUUACGAUGUUGAAAAGAAACAGGAAGAAAGACAUCUUUGCCCUUUUCCUGAUCUUACAGUUAUAUCUUUUCACCAUACUUAUUCAAUCUGUAUGCUGAGCAAAUAACCCAAGAAGCUGGAAGAAGAAUGAGGCAUCAGGACUGGAGGAAGACUCAUUAACUACCUGACUAUGCAGAUGACACAACCUUGCUUGCUGAAAGUAAAGAGGACUUGAAGCACUUACUGAUGAAGAUCAAAGACUACAGUCUUCAAAAUGGAUCCACAAUCAGUGCCCAUGGAAGCAGCAGUUAAGCAAUUAAACAACUUACUACAUUGGGUGAAACAGCUGCAAAAAGGCCUCUAAAUGUGUUAAAAAGCAGAUACCACUUUGAGAACUGAGGUGCACCUGACCCAAGCGUGGUGUUUUCAGGCACCUCAUAUGCAUGUGCAAGAGGGGCAUUUAAUUAAUAACGAUGACCAAAGAAGAAUUUACGCCUUUGAAUUAUGGUGUGGGUGAAGAAUAUUUCAUGUAUCAUGGACUUCCAGAAGAACGAACACAUCUGUCUUGGAAGAAAUACAGUCAGAAUGUUCCUUAGAAGCAAGGAUGGCAAAACUUUGCCUCAUGUACUUUGAGCCUGGCAUCAGAAGGGACCAGUCCCUGGAGAAGGAUAUAUUGCUUGGCAAAAUAGAGGGUCAGCAAAAAAGUGGAAGACCUUCAAGAAGAUAGCUGGACACAGUGGCUGCAACAAUGAGCUCAAAUACAGUAACAAUUGUGAAGAUGGCACAGGACCAGGCAGUGUUUCAAUCUCUUGUGCAGACGGUCACUAUGAGUCGGGAUUGACUUGACACCAUGUAACAACAACAACAACAACAUCAACAAAAUUAUGAGAAAAUAAAUUUGUGUUUGUUAAAGGCACCCACUUGUGGUAUUUCUGUUACAGCAGCACAGGAUAACUAAGACAGUAUAGACAAAUGAAAAACUGGGAAAAUAUAUAUACAAAACAUAUCACUGAUUUUAUUGUACACACACACCUAGGUUUACCUAAUACAUGUUGUUGUUCUGACUCAUUGCUACCCCAUGUGUGCAGAGUAGACCUACUCCAUAGGGUUUGUAAGGCUGUGAUCUUUCAGAAGCAAGUUGCCAGGCCUGUCUUCCAAGAUGCCUUAGGGGCGGGUCCAAACUGCCAACCUUCCAGCUGGUAGUAGCACUUAACCGUUUGUCCUACUCAGGGCCUGAACGCUGAACCAUAAAAAGUAGAGGAGGAACUUGCGGCAUAACAGCGUGAGAAGCUCCAUGGAUUCCAGCAAAACUGGUGAAAAUUAUGAAAACACAACCAUUUAAUUAAUAUCUCUGCAAAUGGUCUUUAAUUAAUAGCUCUGGAAAUGGCAUUGAAAGUAGGAGGAGGACGAAAUCUCCUUUAAGAUACCUAAUUUUGAAGCACAUUUACUCUGUGACCUGAACUAUCCGUAUAUGUUGGCUCUCUUUCAUGUAAAUUUUUAACACUUCAUUGCAUGAAGUGUGGUUGUCAGCCUAGCUGAUUUGGCAUCAUGGAGGAGCUACUUGGAAAUGCGGAAUAUUGGAUCCCACCUUGGACUAAUGGAUCAUAACUUGUAUGUCAAAAAAUCCUCAUGUUAUCUGAAUGUAGUAAUUGGAGUAGUGCUAUAUUAAAAUUCAGGUCAGAGAUUUUCAAAUUUUAUACCUGAGCAUUUUUUUUUAAAUGCUAACACCUAUUUCCCACUACAAGAGACCUGGAUUCAACUUAUAUAAAUUUUGUUCUGAAUCCAGUGAUUUUUAACAGCUCCCCAGGUGUAUACAGUCAAAUUUCAGAGACCCCUGUUUAGGGCAGUUGUCUCAAAUGUUGGUGUGCACCAGAAUCACAUGGUUGUUGUUGUUUGUUAGGUGCCAUCGAGUCCAUUCUGACUCAUAACGACCCCAUGUACAACAGAACAAAAUACUGCCCUGUCAUGUGCCAUCCUCACAAUCAUUGUUACACUUCAGCCCAUUGCUGCAGCCACUGUGUGAAUCCAUUCCUUGAGGGUUAUCCUCUUUUUCCAUGACCCUCUACUUUACCAAGCAUGAUAUCUUUCUCCAGAGACUAGUCCCUCCUGAUAACAGGUCCAAACACAUGAGGGAAAGUCUUGCCAUCCUUGCUUCCAAGCAGCGUUCCAACUGGCCAUACUUCUUCCAAGACAGAUUUCUUCAUUCUUCUGGCAGUCCAUGGUAUAUUCAAUAUUCUUCACCAACGCCAUAAUUCAAAGGCUUCAGUUCUUCUUAGGUCUUCCUUAUUCGUUGUCCAACUUUCACUUGCAUGUGAGGCAAUUGAAAAUAUCAUGGCUCCGGACAGGCGCACCUUAGUCUUCAAAGUGACAUCUUUGCUUUUUAGCACUUUAAAGACGUCUU